AUGAUCGAUGCCGCCAUCAAGAUCGCACUCGGUUCCCUCGUCGAACACCGUCAUGGACUCUGGGAAUUCGAAUCGACGCUCGUGUCUUUCUUAUUCCUCGUUUUUGUCGCUUUCUGUGCCUUUCUGUUCCUCAUGAGGAGAUCAUUUGAAAACGAGAUGGAGGUCGACCUCGCUUUUAUCGUCAAACAUAAGAAAAGGUUGGAUUUUUGCCGAGGGCGUCUAUCCGAAACCUAUCGCGACUUCCAAAUCUUCAACUACGUCAUUCAUUACUGGAUGUUGUUCACGGUCAACCUCGCAACUCUCGGGCUCGCUGUACACCUGAGCUGGAAUUACCAAGCCUUGCACAACGCCCAAACAACACAAGAAUCCAUCACCAUCAAUGUGAUGAAUGCACACAUAUUUUCGGAGAAGAUCGUGGUUUUUAUCCUUCCUCUGCUGGCACUUCGUGGCAUUAACCUCGUUCAUCUCUGGCGCCAUUUUCGACGCGCCUUGUCGUCGCUGCGCCAGUCAGAAUAUGAUUUAUGCAUAGAUGGCAUGAUACGACAUUUGGAAGAUUUAAAGUGCUUUGGGGAUUGCUGCGGGGGCGCGGGCAAUUUCAAUACCCUCCUAACAUUGGCUAUUUGGUAUUAUGGCUUGAAGAUUGGAUCACAAGACUGGAAAUAUUAUGAUUUCCUCGGCACGUCUGAAAUCGGCUUAAAUACGCCAAAGCCCUAA